AGUGUGAGAUCCCCUUCUACACUCUUUGUGCAAGAAUUUCAAAGAGUUUGAAACUCGAAACAAGAUGGCAGAAGCAGAAGGUAGUAAGCAGAAUAAUACACAAGUUAAAAAGCGGACAAGGAAUCCUUCUGAAUGGAAACGAGAGAAAAGAAAACGACUGAGGGUGGCCGGUAAGGCGUAUGUGAACAGUAGAGGUGAUAUUGUGGAUGAGAGGAAAAUUGGUGAAGACUGCAGAUGUAGAAGAAAGUGUUACGCACUGGUAACUGAAGAAGAAAGGCAUAAGUUGUUUGUUGGCUAUUACUCAUUAAAUAGCCAUGAUGAACAAAACGCUUAUCUUUUUGGCCUCAUUCGAAAAACUGAGAUUGCUCGGAAGAGAAGUAAGGAAAGUGAUCGCCGCACAUGUAGCUAUAAAUAUUUUGUUCGUACCAAAGGGAAAGAAAUACAAAUUUGCAGGCUUGCGUUUGCCCAUAUACAUGGCAUUUCACCGCAUAAGAUUAGGAUUUUGUGUCAGAAGCAAGAUCAAAAUAUAAUGUUCCCACGUGAUGGUAGAGGAAAACAUGACAACAGGCCACGCAAAGUUUCAACUGAAACGUUGACUCAGAUCAAGGAUCACAUUUACUCCAUAAUAAAAUCUGAUAGAGUGAGGGAUUUCUUGAAAGAAGAAAAACACAAUGGGCCUGAUUUAAACAUAACAAAAAUGUGGAAAGAUUAUUUGGAACAGUUUGAUCCCAAUUUUUAUGUUCUGCAUCUUGGUAAUGAAAAGAUUAACAUGUCACAUCCAACCAAUGGUAUUGAAGUACCACAUGAAGGUGUUUCUCUGCCUGGUUUCUCUGGAAUGGAAAGUCAUCAAGGUCUUACACAUCAGCAUGUUGGUCCUUAUGCGCAUGUACCUGACCUAACACAUUUUCAGAUGACAGGAAUGAAUCAUAACAUCAAUCUUAUGGGACAUCAUAGUGAAUCUCGAUAUAUAAACAGAGAUGAAGAAUCUCACAAUAAUCAAGAAGAUAAAAAACGCCAUGUACCUAUUGUAAAACAUUGGUUGUACAGCAGGGUAUUUCAUGAGGAAUUCAAGUUUCAUGAUUUCCUUACUCUGAAGAAGAAACUUUGGCAUCUAAAGGAUACUGACAAAGUGGAAUCAAAUCAGGUAAUAAAUAAAGCAGAAAGAAAACAGAAGACACCAAAGAAGAUAAGUAGAGAGAAGGAUUCUGGUGUGAAUGUUGUUGGUCUUCAGACUUUAAAUCCAAUGGGUGCUGAUCACAUGUCAUCAUCAAUCCAUCACAAUCAAAUGCAAUCUCUUGCGACAUCACAAGACAUGUAUAUAUUACCUGUGAAUCUGCAAGACCUGCAGUUACCGCAGGCAUCAGACAUGAUCUCUCAGCAACAUCAUGCCAUGCAACUGAACCUACACACAUUUUCCACACAAAAUGUUUUGAGUCCAUUAAUGAAUGUCCAAGGGUCAGGUGCACAAGGACUUCAGUGUUCUAGUGUUGUUGCCUUGCCAGGAGGAACUAUGAGUUUAGCACAGAAUUCUAGUGGUUAUAUGAAUGUCAAUACUGCUUCAUUUUAUCAGUGAAAAGGAAGUGUGGAGUAUGAAUUAGAAGCAGGAACAGUAUUUUGUUUGUUUUUAACAAGUGUAAAUAAUGGCAUACAUUUUAAUAGCAAUUCAUGUUAUUCUUGUAAUGAAGUCUUCUCAAGUGACCAGCCAUAUCAAUGUGGAAUAAGUUUCCAUUGUUUGUGUGUGAGUUUCUGCCUCCAUAAUCAUUAAUUUGUGUGAUGAGAGAUGCAUGUUUGUUGUAUACAGUUGGCUCCUGGAAUCUGUGUCCCUGGCUGAGGGCAGACCAACUGGGGAACAGUAGAUAAAGUCAGUUGUUCAUUCAACCUACCCAGGGCUAUAGUUAAUGUUGUUUAAUCUUAAAAUUAUUAAUUUUUAAUCUAGGUCCAUUGAGCUGUUCAUAUAAUUUCUCAUUUCAACAUACUUCCUGUACAUGGGAUGAUAUAUGAUGAAAUUGGUGUAUCAUCAUGUAGUCAUCAUUUGCUCCAGUCAUGACCAAUUUCUACAUGGAGAAUUUUGAGCAGCUGGCUUUAAGUUCAUUUCUUUACAAAAUGUACAUAUUGCUACAGGUACAUCAACACUUUCGUGAUCUGCAUCAUGGCAAGAAAGAAUUUCAGGAUUUCCAGAUGCAUCUCAGUAACAUCCACCCAAACAUCAAGUUGACAAUGGGAAUUGAAAAGUUUAACAUACUGUUCCUUGAUAUGCCGAUAAGGAAACUACAGUACCAGCUAAAAGUAUCACUUAGUGAAAGAGGCCAUUUAGUUUCAAUGACAUUCAGGCAACUUCACCGAAGAUACAGGGUUCAUACUUAAGUUGAUUCUGGAAUCUCACUACCAGCACACUUCAACAAAGAAAAUCCAUCAGCAUACAUCAAAUAGGAUCCACAGAAUGAAGGGCUAAAUGUAGCUUACAUCUUAGAUUUUCCAGAUUAACCUUUUAUCGUCCAUUGUGGUGCAGAUUAUGAGCAUUUUAUCUGACUGUGUUGCCAUAGAAUACUGCUAAACCAUUAACCUCAAAGUUUGAAGUCCAGCUGUCAACUUCAUAAUACAGGGGUUUGAAUCGCCUAUUACCUUACAAUAAGGGUUAAACAUGGACUGUAGCCAUAGGUAGGAUGACUGUUAAUUCACUCUUCAAGGACACUAGACUGUGAGAGCCAAUUGUAUGCAUGUAUAUACAUGUACACACACACACACACACAUACACAUACAACAAACAGCUGUAUCACUCAUCACAUCAGUCUCUAGUGAUGGAAGCAGAUACUGUCUCUGAAAUAUUAGAAAUUUAUUCAGUGUUGGCAUGGUAGAUCUCCUGAGAAUAAAUCGCAUUCAUUCACCAUGAAAUCAUCAAGUCUUGUACAAUUUUAUUGUUGGUUAUUUUUGAAGUUUUUAUUUUUUCCUCUGGUUACUGAGAAGUUUUAUAUAUUUUUUUGAAAUUUUUAGGCACCAACCUAUUUUUAUUUCUUAACCCCUUUCCAUCAUAUAUUAAUAUAUGAUUGCCACUUGGAAUAUGCUUCGAUGGUCACAUGUUGAUAUAUUAUCAACAUGCUCUUUUCUUUCCAACAAGCAUUUGACCUGGUUGUAGAAAUUCAUAACUUUUUAUGUGACUGCAGAGGGUUAAUAAAAAUGUACACUUUUACCACAUGCAUUAAUGUUUUGCAGUGGUAUUGUCACAGUUUUCUAUGUACAAUUGUGUUUGAAUUGUUUUAUAUGUAAUAUAUGAGAUGAACAUUUAUGUUACAUUCAAGGUGUUGCCAGUGUGAUAGCAGAUUUCCAGGACUUUGUUAAUACUGUCAAUGAAAUUUACAUAACAGAACUUUGAGUUCAGAUAUGUGACUUAUUUGUGUGUGAAUGUACCAGAUAUUACAAUGCACUCUUAUUUUUUGCAAGCACUACAGGUUACUUUCACUGCAUCAUGUGCAUAGCACUACAUAACGUGAUAUCACAUUUUUUAUGUGUCUCUGUAUGACCAACCUCAUUUGGAUGUCACAUAUUUGAUUGAUAGAUAUUAACAGUAUGUGAUAUACAUUUUUAAAUUAAAUAAAUAUACUAAACAUAUGGUUCCAUAUCCCCUUUGUAGUUUAUACUUUCUUAUGCUUGUUCAGUCACACAUUUAAACUGAAUGUUGUGGUUGGGUAGUUAGUACUCUUCUUUCACAUUUGGAUAUCCCAGAUUAGAAUCUUUGGCAGGAAACCAACUAUCCUGACUGAAGAUUGUCAUGGUUUACCUUAAUCCCUCCAAGAAAAUGGCAGGAUAUUACCUUGACCUUUAGCCUGUAUAUUAUUUUUUCACUGCUUUGCUAAAAGAAUAUAAUUUUAAGUUACAAAUGUAAACUCCUUAUGAGGGUCAAGUUAUUAUGAGCACAUGUGAAUAAAUCACAGUUACCAACA